AUGACGGAUUCCGAGGACGAGUCCGACUCGUUUGACCAUGCUUCCGACACGCCUGGUUCUUCCGUCCCUGGCUCUGCUUCUCCCCCCACGCAACCCCCCUCCAAUAAAGCACCGUCGUGGUCUCUUUUCCGUCAUGACUCUGCCAAGGACCGCACUCCGGAUCGCAUCUUCCUCCCCAUCCCCGACGCUGCUCGCAGGCAGAGAACCCAGAUCAAAUCAGAGCCGGGAAAGUCCGAGGAGAAAGUUCAGCCUCAGCCUCAGCCUCAGCCCAAGCCUCCGGGCAAGCCCCUCACCAAACCAGCGGAUCAAGCACCACCCGUAGCCGCAACCAUCGCCAGCCAAGUCCCUCAAGGCCAGAGACGUUACUUGUCUCCCUUUGUCGUCGUCCAAAGUCAUAUGCGCGUCAAAAUUAUGCGAAAGCAAAACGACGGCCGACUUGCCGUGCCCUGGGGCGUGCAAUACUAUCUCGCCUCGCUCGCCUCGCUCGAUUGCAUCAGCCUGAACGAGCUUGACGUCACAGCCGGCAUCAACGCUCUCCGAUCCGAGUCCAAUCUCACCUCGAUCUGCGCGCUUCUGGAUCCCGCCAACCAGCACCUUCUCUGGCAGUCGCAUGCCGACUCGGCCAUCACAUCGCGCUGCGCCACCGACCGCGAGCGCCAGGUGUACGAUGAGCUCGAUCGUGAGACGCAGAUCCGCACCGAGUCGGGCCUGAACGGUGUGAUCGGACCGCCUGGCGAGGAGAUGCGAUCGUUUGGCGGACGUGUCAUCUUUGAGGGCCGCUUCGACCAUGUUGAGCUGGACGGCAGGGACGGCGUACACUGUCAGUUCGGCAUCAAGCUCUUCCCUCCCAAACUCGGCGGCAGCUGCCGCUUUUCCAGGCGGUUCGGCAGCGAGAACAUCCUGCGCAUCAAGAUAGAUCCAGCCAUCGCCAAGAAAGCCCAGCGCUUCCCCGACAAGCCAAAGUACCGCGAGGUGCAGAACGAGAUUCUGCACAUGUUUUCGCGAACCAUCCAGAUAAUGGAUCGCCAGUAUCGACCCUUUUACUGCAAGGACGACACCCUCUUCUACUUUUGCAUCGGCACCGCCUCCAAGGAGUGCCCGGACCGACCAGAAUUUGAUUGCAUCUGGGACCUGUUCAAUCACCAUGCUCCCUUUGCGGAGAAUACUCGCCUGCCGUGGGGCAAAUUCGUCCAGCGUGUUCAGCUGGGGCUGUCCACUUCGGUUCCAGCCUCGGUCAUUGAAAAGAUGACGCAGGUCCCCGACAUCUUUGGCGAGUCGGACCCCGAGACGGGGAAGCGAGUCGAAAUGACCGAUGGCGCCGGUUGCGCGUCACUCGCCGUCGUUCGAGAUAUUGCGCAGCAUCUAGGCUACGAUUCGAUCCCCUCGGCGAUCCAAGCACGAGUAGCCGGGGCAAAAGGUGUAUGGUACGUCGAUCCCGCCGCGGAACGCACGCUGCCCAACGAGACGGCAGUGCGUUGGAUUGAGCUUCGCGACUCGCAGAUCAAGAUUCGCUAUUCGGAAAGCAAGCCGCUGGAUCUGAGCCAGCAAGUAGUCGACCUGCUUGGACCUUGUCGAACGUUUGCACCCUCCACACUGUCCAAGCAGAUCAUCCUCGUUUUGCAAAGUAACGGUGUGCCGAUCAGCACGUUUGCCGACAUGCAGCGAGCCCAGCUGCAGACAAUUGCAGAGGAGGUCUGCAACUGGCAAGGACCGAGCGAUACGGUUCGCAUGCGCCUUGCCGCCGUGGUGGAGCGGCUGUGCAAAGUCGAAUCGUUGAAGGCCAAGAGGAGCACCGAGUCGGCCGAGCAUCGUGCUCAAGGCAUGGAGUCACAAAGGAGCGGCAGUAGCGCCAACCGCAGCCAGGGGUUCGGUGACGACGACCACCGCGAGAUCUUCUUCGGCCAUAAUGGACGACACUUGUGGAACGGCAUGCCGCUCUCCAAGUACGAGCGAGCGUACGAGAUGCUGCUGUCUGGCUUUCAUCCAGAAAAGUGCGCGUAUCUGGCUGACGUGCUGGUCGAGAUCGCCGACAUGGCCAUGAAGAAGCUGAUCAAGAAGUUUUCCAUCCCCGUGGCUCGCAGUGCCGAAGCCAUGGUGAUCCCAGAUCCGACCGGGACACUAGAGGAAGGCGAGAUCCAGUUCCGGUUUAGCGCGGACAAUAUCUUGGACCCGGAUACGCGGCUGCGAUUGACGCACGUUCCGGAGGGCGAGGUCUUGGUGACGCGCCAUCCUUGUUUGCUUCCUACCGACGUUCGCAAGGUGCGUGCCGUGAUGCGGCCCGAACUGAGCCUGUACAAGGAUGUCGUGGUGUUCUCCACCAAGGGACAGCGGCCGCUAGCGUCCCUGCUGAGUGGAGGUGACUACGAUGGCGACUUGAUCCGCGUAUUCUGGGAGCCAGAGCUGGUCAGGCCCUUCCAGAACGCGGAUGUGCGCUACGCCGACUGCCCUUUUGAGAUCGAGGAUGUGUUCCUUCGAAUCCAAAAGACGGUGGGCGAGUUUGUCGCAGAGCACAAGGACAAACACAAGGACGAGCGGGACCGCGAGCUGAUCAAGGAGCUCGUGAAAGGUGCCUUUGAACCGAACGUGCGAGGGCUGUACGGAGCGAUGCACCUAUUCACCGCGUGGCAGUUUGGGACAUGGAGUGCCGAAGCGGUGGAGCUGGCGCACAAAUUCUGUCAGUGCAUGGACAGUCACAAGACAGGCUUGACGCUCAAGGCGCAGGUGCGGAUCCAAGACAGCAAGUCGUACCUGGGCGACCUUCCGGAGUGGGCGUACGACGACAAGGAUGAAGUCGCGUCGCAGGAUUGGUUCGGGUGUGAGAGUUCCAACGUAGCGGCAACUGCGCGGAAAAACCCAGCGCGGCUUGACUCGGUGCUGUGCGCGUUGUGGGAGGAGGGCAGAAGGGAAAAGGGACACCUCAAGGAUCGACUGCAGAAGCAGACCGAGAAGCUGCGUGGAGUCGAGGACAGAGACCUCUCUGGAGUGUGGAGGGAGGCGGACAGCUUGAGUCGGAUCUCGAACGAGGUCAAGGAGAUGAUGCGGACGCAUGUCAAGGUGGCCGAGGAGAGCUAUGCACGCACCAACGCACGCACACGCCAGACGAUUGAGGCAGAAUCGCGGAAUCGGCGCAACGGCACAAAGACCGUGGCGGGCAAGGACGGCGCACGCGAAUCGCACAGCGUGCCACUGCGAAGGGUGCGGUCCGAAGCGGUCAAUGCGGGCGCUGUGGAUCGAUGCGAGAUGAGGAAUGGAGAUGCAAGCAUCACGGCGGCCAUCGACGAUCUGAACAGGAGCGAUCUGUCAGACCGGUUGGAGGGAACCAUCGAGGUGCCUGUGGCUCUAGGCUCUGCCAGCGAGGUAGCCGCACGCUUCUGCCAGUGGCCCAAAUGGUUCGCCAAAGAGCACAUUGCCAAGAUGGACAGGCUCGAGGUGGAGAGGCUCGCCAAGCUGCGAGCUUCGUACACGUACUCGAUCACGUACUAUCACAAGCCGCGGUUUGCGUUUGAGAUGGGCUGGCGAUGGCUGAUGAGUCUCAAGGCCGAGGCUUCGGGACAGGAGCAAGCGCACGGAUCGGGAAGCUUGCAGGUGCCGACAUCGACGCUGGAUCUGCUGUCGCUGCGUACCAAGAUCAUCCAGCGCAAUUUCGAGAUGAGCCAGGGUCAAGGUGUCGAGAUCUAG